UCGUUCAGCGUGUCGUUCAGCGUGUCGUUCUGCGUGUCGUUCGUCUUUGCAGCGAGUCGCUUCGUCAUUAAAACCUUUUCAUUUGAAUUUUUCUUCUCAGUCCUUUUAAGAAGAUGGAGUUUCUGAUCUGGCACACGUGGGACAGCGACCCCGUGACCCACGAGCCCAUCAGGAUCAGUUUCUCUCCGGGUCAGGGGGGGCUCAAGGUCCAGAUUUCUGCGCCCUUCUUUAACGACCCCGCGGCCCCCGCAGGGCCCCCCGGUGUGCCCUUCCCUGGACUCUGGGACUAUGAAGUGGUCGAGUCGUUCUUCCUCGACAGCACGACAGAAAACUACCUGGAGCUCGAGUUUUGUCCACACGGUCAGCACCUGGUCCUGCUGCUGUCGGGUGUCGGCCAGGCUUUCAUCCAACAGCUGCCCAUGGUGUUCAGCGCCACCAUCAGAGGCGACGCGUGGGUGGGCGAGGCGCUCGUCCCCUGGUCCUACUUCCCUCCCAACGUCAACAAGAUGAACUCGUACGCCAUCCACGGCUCCGGAGAGAAGCGCACGUACGAGGCGCUGUACCCCGUCCCCAGAGAGGACCUGGUGGAGGGACAGCAGCCCAACUUCCACCGCCUUCAGUACUUCAAAGAUUUCCGCCUGCAAAGCAUCAUGGGAGAGGACUGGGUUCAGCCGCCGUCUGAUCUUUGGGUUGGAAAACCAUGAGAGGACGUCCGUCUUCUGUCCUCCGUCCUCCGUCCUCUGUCUCACAGCAGGACAGACUGAAGAUCUGUGAAUGACUCACCAUGUGUACAGAUGAACGCUGUUUUUAUUCUCCGUCCGUCUCUGUAACUGUUUCUGAUCAUUUUCUUUUAUGAAAUUAUCUCGUCGUCUUUCAGAGAAAUGUGAUUUUAACUUUUUCGGUUUGAUCAGAUGUUCAGCGCUCGAUGAUCCUCGUUAAAAAGCUGCUUCAGAGUUCAAGGACUCAAAUCUGAUCUCUGUUCUCUUUGUUUCUGUGUUUUGAACUUUUUAUUUCAAACAUGUCAAUAAAAAAUGAAAUAUAA